AUGGCAACAAAAUCAGGUACAACUGUUGGUAUGGCUGAAAGUUAUAAUGAAAAUUCAGAUCCUCAACUUGCUAUCAUUAAUUUAAUGAUACCUUAUAUUCAAAUGGGUAUUGAUGAAUUAAAUAUUGCAUCUUCAUCUUUGGUUAUUGCUGAUUUUGGUUCAUCUCAUGGAAGAAAUUCAAUGAUAGUCAUGAAAAUAUUUAUAAAAUAUCUUCAACAAGCAAAUAAACUUGUUACACCACCACUUGUCGUUCAUAAUGAUCUUCCAACAAAUGAUUGGACAAAGCUUUUUCAACUUCUUUCAGAAGAUAAAUCAUAUCAAGGUGUGGCUAAUGGUUAUUCAUUUUAUGAACAAUGUCUACCAGCAAAUAGUCUUUCGAUGGGCUUUACAUCUUCUUCAAUGCAUUGGUUAUCAAAAAUACCUUUUAACAUUGCGAAUCAUUGUUUUCAUACAUAUGGCGAAGAGCAUGAACGUCAAGCAUACAAACAUCAAGCAAAAGUUGAUUUUAAUUCAUUCAUAGAACAUCGUUCUCGUGAACUUGUGUCUGGUGGAGUUCUCGUUCUUAGUAUUCCGAGUUAUCACGAUCAAGGAAUAGAAAGUAUGAGUAAUUAUUUUGAUCAGUUGUAUAUAUGUGCUCAAUCAUUUUUCAAUGAACAAGAGUUAUUAAAAUUGACGAUUCCUUUAUAUCUUCGUUCAUUAUCUGAAUGUAUCGAUUAUGAAUUGUUCGAUCGAUGCUCAUUAAAAUUGAUUAAAGCUGAAUUAAGUCAAUUGAAGGUGCCUACACUUGAACAGUAUCGCAAUGAUCAGUUGACAUUUGAUCAAUUAGUGAAAAUAUUCGCAAAAGCAUUUCAAAGUACUAUGGAACCCUUAAUUAGACAACUAUUGGGAAUGAAUGGACGUUCGAAAGAAGAGAUUGAUGAAUUAUCAAAAGAUUUUUGGAUGGUAUACGAAGAAAAGUUAAAAGAAAGACCGGACCUAGUUGUCAAUGAUAAUCAAUAUGUAUGUGCCUGUUUGAUAUUGAAAAAAAUAUAACAGACUGCGAAAUAAAACUUUUAUUUUUGACAUUUCAUAAUUGAUAUUAUUGUUAACUGCCUAAAUUUCUUUCGAUGCAUACAUUUAAAAAAAAAUUAUUUGAUUCAAAUUGAUUUAUAUAAUAGCAUUAUACUAAUGAUAUUAGUACAAAGAUGCUGAGCAUUAUCUAUCGCCCUACUACAGAAGUCUUGUGAGUUUGACAAAUGAUGAAACAAAUUACGAACACUCAUCGUUAGCUGCUACUUCGUACUUAGUGAAAUCUUCUCGUUUUUGAUGAUGUUGUAUAAUAUCAUAUCGAUGAAGAAAGAAUCAAACAAAAUCAGUAUGACCGAAGUAUGAGGCUGCAUGCAAGGCUAUACUUCGAUUUGAUUCAAGACGAUUGAUAUUGGUGAAGAGCAUAAUCGAUAAGAGAAUAUUUUAAAUUCCUUUAAGACUGAAAAGUCUAGAAGCUGCUGAUUUUGUUUUUAAAAAUAUUUUAUCUUAUUAGAAGAUUUACAAGUUUCAAAUAAUAGUCAGUUUUCAAACAGAUAAUGAAUGUUUUUUCCAAAUAUCUAUCGCUUUGUCAAAAGCAUUUUCUGGAUGAAAUUUACUAGUGGAAGUAAAAUAUUUGACAUGAGUAAUGCAAAAUAUUGUGCUCUAUGUUUGUGUGCUCUUUUCUAUUUUUUCUUCUUCUAUAGUUUACGAGAAAUAGACUUUAAGCUAGCAGAUGAUAAUGUUUUCGUGAAAUUAAAAUUUUUUUGCAAAACUCAUAUCUAGCUGUAAAACGUUUAUUUGCAUGUCUAUACAUAAAGCAUUGAAUUCAGAAGAAAAUG